AUGAACGCAAAUGUCUCGUCGUUUUUAAAUGAAAAUGUAGUAGGAGCAACAACAACAAAUUAUUCAUAUUAUUGGCCCGCAUUAUUGCUCACUUCAUUUUCAUUUAUUGGUAUUAUUGGAAAUUUACUAGUGUGUUUAGCUAUAGCUACAGAAAAAAAAUUACAAAAUAUAACAAAUUGGUUUCUAUUUUCAUUGGCUUUAGCCGAUAUGCUUGUCAGUGGACUCGUUAUACCAUUAGCUAUUGUUAAAGAAUUUACAGGUUUAUGGAUAUUGGGUCCACUGAUAUGUGAUUUAUGGAUAUUUUUGGAUGUAUGUUCAUGUACAUCAUCGAUAAUGCAUAUUGUUGUUAUAUCGAUUGAUCGUUAUCUAGCGAUAGAAGAUCCAUUGAAUGCACGAAAUCGUAAUCGUAAAUGUAAAAUAUGGGGACUUAUUAUACUUGUAUGGUUCAUAGCUAUUUUUCUCUCAUCACCAAUCAUUUUUUUGGGAAUAAUUAAUCCAAAUAAUGUUAUUGUUAAUGGUCAAUGUUUAUUAAAUAAUAAUAUAUUUAUAAUUUAUGGUUCUGUUGUUGCAUUUGUUAUACCAUUAUGUAUUGUUAUUGUCAUGUAUACAUUAACUGUUAAUAGAUUAAAAAAACAAAUUAAACAAUGUCAGACUCAAUUAGCUAAUGAACAAUUGGCAAGAGCUGCUAGUCUUGUAGCAAGACCAUUUCUUCGACGACAUAUACCAAUAGCAACAACGACAAAAACACAAACAUAUAUUCCAAUGAAAAAGUUAAAUAAUUCGAUUAGACGAACUCGUUUAAAAAACGCUAAUCAAUGUUCCAUUGAAACAGAUAAUAAUUCAGACAAUGAAUUAACAAAACCCAUCGUAGAUAUUAAUAAUAGUACUAGUACUACUCAUCGACGUAUUCUUAAACUUGUUGAAAAUUCAUUACCACAAUCAUCAGAUGACAGUGAAGAAGAUUUAACAGAUGUAAAUCAAACAAAUACAAUUAGUAUUUCGCCCACAUCUUCAUUUCGUCAACGAACUCAUUCACCUCAUGCCGAAUAUUCCCAAUGUCCAAAAAAUCCAUUUUGUCAAUUAAAAUGUACAUGUCAACAUCAUCAUCAACAACAACAACAACAACAACAACAGCAAUUACAACAAGUUGAAAAACAAAAAUUAAUUGAGACAGGUGGUACAACGCCAUCAUUAACCACAAAUCAAACUGAACAAUCAAAAUCAUUUAUUAAUUUUUUUAAACAUGUACGUCAGUGUAUGCAUGGUAGUAAUGUUGAUGAACGUCAACAACUACAAUUACGAACAGCAAAACCGUUUAAUGGUCGACCAUCGUUAAAACGACGACGAUUACGUCAAAGACCGUACAACAUUAGUAGUCGAUCAAAAAGUUCAGCGGUAAGAAAUGAACAAAAAGCCGUAAAAGUACUCGGAGUUGUAUUUGUUAUAUUUGUUAUUGCUUGGUUUCCAUUUUGUAUUAUGAAUCUAUUACAAGCUGUAUGUAAAAAAUGUUUAAUUAAUAUACAAAUUAUAAAUAUUCUGUCAUGGUUAGGUUAUGUAAGUUCAACAAUAAAUCCUCUCGUUUAUACAAUAUUUAAUCGUAAUUUUCGAAUUAAAUUUAUACAAUUAUUAAAAUUUCAAUGUUAUUCAACAACAAAUUUAUACUAUUUACAUCAUAAUCAACAUACUAGUCGUUUACAACGAAAAAAUUGUCUAAUAAUUAAUGACAUUAAACGAUUUAAUAAACAAUAUCAGACAGAAACACAACAAUCCCCACAAACAAAAUUAUCGAUGCCAUCAAAUAUUUAA